CCCAGUGAUCGUGCUCAGCAACAUUUCUCCACCACAGCUCACAAUAGACCUCCAGGUCCCUUUCGAGCGGCGCCGCAAAAAUCGCCUACCGGCAGCAACUUCGGUAGCGAUGUUGCGCUCGCGAAUCGAGCAAAACAUUCCCCUCCCCGACACGCCCGAAGACUUCCUCACGCGCGGCGUCUACGCUCUGGCCAUAGACCGGCUCCCCGCCGACAGCCACGAAUGCCCCAUCUGUCUGAUCGGCUACAACGAACCGCAAGACAACCGACCCGCCGGCGAGGGCGCGGUGCUGAUCCGCCGAUGCGGCCACGCCAUCGGGUGGGAGUGUCUGAAGCGCCAGGUCGCCAUGGGCGCGGAUCCGCGCCGCUGCCCCAUGUGCCGCGACAGCCUGUACGCGCUGCCUGAGCGACGGACUGCGCCCGCCUCUUGGGCCCCGGAUGCCCCACCGCGCCCUCCUGUGCGCGCCUCCUCGACCGUGCUGCAGCGCACCCGCGCCCGCGACUCCGAGCCUGCUUCCCUCUCUAUCCGCGACUACGUGUUUAAUAUCCCUGAGCAGGCUGUCUUUUCUUUUAUCCGUCUCGAAUAUGACGACGGAACCUCGCCCGUCUACUACAGAGUCACCGGCUAUAUGAUGCCUGACGGCAGCGGCGUGGCGUCGCUUCGCGACAACGACAAUACGGCGCUCCAAUAUCCCCCGGGGACUUUUUCGGCGCCGAAUGCUGGUGCGACGCAGACUAACGGGGAUUAUCUGAUCAUAACUCAUGAGCAAGUCGCCGAGGCCGCUGCCCGAGGCAAUGGGGCUUGGGACGCCGACUUGAAUUUGGACUUUCUGAUGGAGCCUGGUCCCGUGCUGUGCAUUUGGGAGAGCGAGGACCGGUACAUCAGUCCUCUUCUCAUCGGCCGCAACCCAAAUUUUCGUACCGCUAUCAAUGCUCCCGAGACAAACAUUGCCAUCACCUUGAUGGAUCGGCUUUUUGAGUCUCGCCGCGUGAGACAGUAUCUGGAGUGGAGGAUGAAGGGAUCAGAACUCCGGAAUCUUUUGAUGGGUGCAGCCACACAGGUGGAAACACAGUUCAAUGGCUUGCCGGAGCACGUUUGGAUGUACUUGGAAGCUGUGGUGGAGAUCCUUGUGAACUGGUUAGCCUUCACCAACGGUUCUAGGUGAUCAAACGUGGAUAUGCUCACGUAUUAUGGACGGCUCCUCACGAAAAUCGGGGAAGUUGAAGAGGAAGGACGCCUAUAAAAAAAAGGUUAAUGAAGGCAGAAAGAGUAGAGAUGAGUGGAAGACGAGCGGUUGAACCAGGGCCCAAUCCAAAAG